AUGGUCUUCAGCUGUCUCCGUGAGCAACAUGAUCAGGAAUGCGAAGAUGAUAUUUUGAAAAGGACUGCUGCUGCAACGGGAAUAUCUGUCCGCUCCAUUCAGCGAAUAAAGCAACAACACAAGCGUGGAGAAAUGUACUCCCCACCCCCUAGGACCAGAACAUCACCAGUAACGGGAGCUUUGGAUAAUUUUGAUAAAGCUCGUCUUGUUAAGGAACUUGGGUUUCGCUAUAAAAAGGUUGAAAGUGACAGGAAGUUGUUAGUGGAGAGGAACGAUAUUGUUCUUGCAAGAAAUAAAUAUCCAAGGCUUAUAGAUGAAAACAGAAAAUUCGACACUUCAAGGCCAGAAAUAUACGUGGAUGAAACGUGUCUCAUUGGCUUAGGUAAUGCUUCAAAUCAUUCCAAAAUAUCAAACAAAGCACCUGUCAGCAGUUCAAAGAAAGCGGAAAUCGUCUCCUGGUUAACCAAACACAAUAUAGCUCAUGACCCUUCUUUUACCAAAUGCGAACUUCUUGAUGUGGUAAAGCAGCACAAGUACCUACAGGAGUACGAAAUUGACAAAAUCACUCGAGAUGCUGGCCAUGAGGCCUUUCCUACCCUUUCUCAUUCUGCUGACCCCCCCUCCCCAUACUCCUCUCCCCCUUCAUCCCCUCCCCCAUACUCCUCUCCCUCUUCAUCCCCCCACCCCCCAUAUUCCUCUCCCCCUUCAUCCCCCUCCCCUGUACUUCUCUCCCCUCAUCCCCCUCCCACCAUACUGUCUCUCCCCCUUCAUCCCCAUCCCCAUACUCCUCUCCCCCUUCAUCCCCCAUCCCCAUUCCCCAUACUCCUCUCCCCCUUCAUCCCCCCACCACCCCCAUACUGCUCUCCCCCUUCACCACCCCCCUCCCCCGGUGCAGAGAUCUGCGGGGCCGCUGCAGCAUCAACAACUGCCUUUUAA